UCGAAUAUAAAGCCGUCGAGACCCGUGUCCAUCAUGUUUUCCCAAAUGAUCUGGAGCAUUCUUCAGGAACAAACAUCGGUACACUGGUAUUCUCAACCAAAGAGACAAGAAAGCCACCAUGCCCUCCCUCGAAAAUUUCCCUGAUAUCCCUCCAUUCCCAGAUGACAUCGUCACUGCCCCUCUGUUUCGUCUCUCUCUCGAAAAGCUUCUAAAUCAUGACAAUGAUGAAGUCAAGAGGUUCUGCACUGCAUGUGAGGACCUGGGGUUCUUCUACCUCGAUUUCCGCGGCACCACGCAAGGAGAUGCGAUCCUUGCCCAGGCAGAUGAGCUGUUUGGUGUCGGCGAGCGCCUCUUUGAGCUAGACCUUGAGGAGAAGAAGAGAUACGAUUUCGGCAAAAAGAAUUCGUAUUUUGGUUACAAAGCUACUGGCUCGAAUGUCGUCGACAGGGACGGGAAUCGUGACCGCAAUGAGUUCUAUAAUGUCUCAAAGGACGACAUUCUUGACGUCGCCGACCACUGGCCUGCCCCUGAGCUACUCCACGAGUCCCGCCCGUUGCUCAAAUCUUUCAUGACCAGUGCUCAUUCCAUCAUCACUCUUAUCCUCAACCUCCUAAAUGAGCAUCUGCAGCUCCCAGCAUCAACACUGGCAAACAUGCACCGUCUAGGCCAUGCUACUGGCGAUCAGGUGCGCUUCAUCAAGGCACCACCACAGCCAGUAGAUGAUCGCCGGGUGGCGCUAGGGCAACAUACUGAUUUCGGCAGCGUGACUAUUCUCUUCAACCGUGUUGGUGGCUUGCAGAUUCUUCCACCGGGAAAGGAUUCAGAGUGGUGCUACGUUCGGCCACUUCCUGGACACGCCAUUAUCAACCUGGGCGAUGCCAUGGUUAAGUUCACCAAUGGAUUGUUAAGAUCCAAUAUACACCGAGUUAUGUCUCCGCCUGGCGCUCAAGCGGAUAUUACUCGCUACAGCCUCGUCUAUUUCUCUCGCCCAGAGGAAGAUGUGCUUUUGAAACGACUAGAGGGCAGUCCCCGGAUUCCGCCUCUUCCAAAGGGAGUAGUGGAAGAGGAUAUCAAAAGUAAGGAUUGGAUCAUCCGACGAGGGCUAGGCAAUCGAGUCGAUUUGCACAAGCAGAUUGACUACGAGAAGAGUAGGGGAACUGAACUGCAGAGUCAACGACUUGAUGCGUAA